AUGUACUUCUUCCUGCUCAACUUCGCCCUCCUUGACCUGGGCUCCAUCUCCACCAUUGUCCCCAAGUCCAUGGCCAACUCUCUGUGGGACACCAAGUGGUUUCUGCAGCCCCUGAACUGUUGGCAGCCAGCGGAUCUUUCACCCGUUUCUCUUGCAGGACAUGUUCCCUGUGGCCUCAUCUGCCACCCCGACAGGGAGCACAUCCUGUACCCCCUGGGCUGUACGGUGGUGAUUCAGCACCUGGACACUAAGAAACAGAGUUUCUUGCACGGCCACGCCGAUAACGUGUCCUGCGUUGUCGUGUCCAGGGAUGGGAUGUACGUCGCUUCAGGACAAGUCACCUGCAUUGGAUUCAAGGCAGACGUCAUCCUCUGGGAUUUCCCAAAGCAGGAGUUACUUGCUCGGCUCUCGCUGCACGAGGGCAAAGUCGAGGGACUCUCGUUCUCGCCCAGAGGCAUUUAUCUUGUGUCCCUGGGAGGCCAGGACGACGGCAGGGUGAUGGUGUGGGACGUCAGUAAGAGAGAGGCUGUGUGCGGGAGCCCGGCCUCGCCGCGCAGCGCCGGCAAUGCCAACGUCGUCAUGUGCUCCAGCUGCAGGGACGAGGUGUUUGUCACUGCUGGAAAUUUCACCAUUCGAGUGUGGGAACUCGACACAGCCACUAAAACAAUCCAUCCAUCUGAAUGCUACGCGGGGCAACUGAGAGGAAUCACCGUGUGUGUUCAGAUGACAGACGAUGAUGGUGAUUUUCAUCUUGGCACAACGAGUGGAGAUGUCCUGAAAGUGAACACAAGCAGCAAGGUGCUGACUGCCUGUGGGCCCCAGAAGAAGAAGUUGAGCAUGGGAGUCACAGCUUUGCUUUUGCCGAAGACAGGAGGUUUAAUAGUCGGCACCGGAGAAGGGACUGUAGCUCUCUGUACAGGCUCAGACUGCCAAGUAAAGAAGAGAAUGCGAGUUGAAGGUGCUGUCACUUCCCUGACGUGUAGAGGUCGGGACGACCAGUUCUUUCUAGGGACAAAUAAAGGCCAGAUGCACCGCAGUGCCUACGCUACAUUUAAAGAGGAGCUGGUCGCCGUCUGUCACACCGAAGCCGUCAACGACAUUGUUUUUCCUGAGGGACAUUCGGACUUGUUCGUUACCUGCUCCACAAACGACAUUCGAGUGUGGUACACGCCGGAACGUCUGGAGCGGCUGCGAAUCACCGUCCCCAACGUCACCCGCCACGCGGUCGAGGUGACAAGGGACGGCAUGGUCAUCGUUUCAGCUUGGAAUGACGGGAAAAUCCGCGCCUUCGUGCCCGCUACGGGAGAGCCAAUGUACGAGAUCAACAACGCCCAUAACCUGGGAGUGACGGCAAUUGCUGCGACCAGCGACUGCAAACAGAUCAUUAGCGGAGGAGGUGACGGGCAGGUGAGGAUCUGGAAUAUUGGUGAGAAAACCCAGAAGCUGAGGGGAGUUCUGAAGGAGCACAGAGGUGCCGUGUCCUGCAUCAAGACUAAUAAGAACGACAAAGAGGGUGUCACAGCCAGCCUGGACGGAACGUGCGUCAUCUGGGAUCUUGAGCGUUACGUGAGAAAACAAACGAUCCUAGACAACACAUUGUUCAAAUGCGUGUGUUACCAUCGCGGAGAGUACCAAAUAAUCACCAGUGGAACAGACAGAAAGAUUGUGUACUGGGAAGUGCUCGAUGGCUCCGCAAUCAGAGAAGUGCAAGGCUCUCUGUCGAGCUCCAUCAACGGGAUGGACAUCACAUCGGACGGGGCGUCCUUUGUCACAGGUGGUGAUGACCAUCUGGUGGAGCUGUGGGACUAUAAGGAGGGCACGGUGACUCACGUGGGAGUGGGCCACAGUGGCAACGUCACCCGCCUCAAGAUCUGCCACGCGAACAAGUACAUGGUGAGCGUGAGCGCGGACGGUGCCGUCCUCAUCUGGAAAUAGCCCAGCUCGGGCUGACAGCCGGUGCCGGAGCUGCUGGGCUGCUGCUUCCCCGGCCGGCCCUGGAAAUGCUCUUUUCUUACCACUCAGUUUGUUGUCAAUCGUUUGUUCUCUUAGAGUAAACAGUAUAUUUCUACUCCCUGGUAUGCAUUUACCAGGUCCUUAGAUACCCUUUCUAGCGCAAUUUUUUUCAGGGGAGCUAAGAAUGUGCUGUUUGUUUUGGAUUCAUCACUUCCGAAAAUCACCUUGGCAGUUGUUGUAACAGUUUGCGUUGUUCCUGCCGCCUUUCCUGCCCGUCUCAGCAUCAUCUGCCUUGUACGUCUACUCAUUUGUGGGCUCUCUCUUGCUUUCACAUGGUCUCUCUCUUCUCUGCACUCUCCUGUCUCUUAUUUAAUGAAUAACUUGUUGUUUCAAUUCAGUCUGCUGUGUUUAGUGCAGACAGCAGUGCAGGCAGUGGUGCAGACAGGCGUGUAGACAGCGGAGCAGGCAGCGCACGGGCAGCGCACAGGCAGCGCACAGGCAGCGCACAGGCAGCGCACAGGCAGAGCUGGACCAUGCCCAGUCUCCCAGCCCCACCGGUUCUCCCCAGCUCAGCCCCGGGUACAACCCGCGGCAGUGGGACGGGGUGUCUGAAAGCACAUUUCCCCUCGGCCGCACGGGUGUUCCAGCCUGUGCCAAGGGACGGGAGCGGCUCCAAUACAGAAAACAUUGUCCGAUGGCAAAGCCCAGACAGUGGGGACCACGUUUUCCCUUUGUUUUUAUUGUUAUUGUGAUUGGCAGCAUGACAAUGGAUUUCUGCCGGGCCUGGAACAGCUCAGCUCAGACCUGCUCAGGCUUUUCUCUUGAGCUUAUCCUGACACCCAAGUGCCUCCCUGGGGCAGAGACUCUUGCCCAGGCAGAGGAGACGUUUCCAACACUGUCCUGUCACCGUGUCUCCCUGAUCAAACCAAAACUCUCCGUGUCUUUAAUAUCCAUCCCAGCUGUCUGGUGCCCGAGGCACCGGGACAGUUCGUGCCAUAACAACACGGAAUUUUCCAGAAUAGCGAGCAAGCGUUUUCCCCCCCUGCUUGCAUUGGACGUUUUCAUUUUCCCCACCCCAAAUUUGCUCCCAAGUCUGCAGCAUGCUGCAGCGCCGAUGGAUGUUGGAUUCAGCCUGAACAGGAAGGCAUCGCGUUCAGAACGGUUUGAAGGGGGAAGGUCGCACACACGAUAUUGUUGAAAGGCAGAUCAGCAUAGCGAGCAUUCCUGGCGCUCGCUCCAACCUGCAAACGCUUUGGAUUGGAAUGGACUGGCGGUACCUGUCAGAAAGGAAUCGCUGCCUGCGCCCCGGCGCUUGGGAAGAUGCUGCUCAAGAAGAACCCCAGCAGGGUUUUAGGUCCUUGGCUGAUGGGAGCUGGUUUUCUUCCCCGCAUCAGCGUGGCAGGGCGUUCAGAGGCUCUCGCUGCUGUUACCUGCUGCACUUUGUGGCACAUUGCUGGGGACCCGGCAGAGCCACUGGCGUUAUCUAACACUUCCUAAUUCAGGCAGGUUUGGAGUUUUGGGACGUGCCUGUUUCACUGUCGCAUUUUAGACUAUUUCCCUUUCCUGUGUUCAUCGGGUCUUGCUUUCUACCAACCUCCUUCCAACAAAUGCUGGUUUCUGAUCUCUCAGUCUGGCUCCUGCAUCUUUCACUGUCCGGCUCCCCUCGCUUUUUCUUCAGGCUUUUCCUGCUUUCAUUGACAAACUGCUUUGGAUUUCUGGUUCCACUCAAUCCAGCAUUAAGCCCCGCUCAGGUUCCGCUGGCGGCCACCAGCCUGGCAUCCCCGGGGAGGUCACUGUGUCCCUGCCACCAACACCCUGCCCCAUGGGAGGAGGGAUUGUGACAUCCAGCAGCACCACCUGGCCCUUCCUCCACCACUUUGCCCCAUCUCUUCGGAACCCACAUCACCUCCAGCUGCAUCCAGGGCCAGGCUUGCAGCACAUCCCCAUGCCCAGGGUGUCUGUGGGGCAGGGAAGGCGCUGCAGAGCCUGCCUGGCACAGCUGUCCCUUCCGGGGGGAAAGGCAGAUGCAGGGAUGGAAGAGAGUCCGCAGCACCCACAGCCAAGCUCAGAUCCCCUGGGAGCCCCCCCAACAUCAUCAUCAGCCUCUGCAGCUCCCCGGGGAGAGAAGAGCCACACGCCGCAAUGGGGCCUCUGCAACACCCCCUGCCCUGCAGCGAGGUGACACUCAGUGGCACCCGUGCCUGGCACAGGGACCUCCUUCCCACUCCAUCCCUUGCCAGCCCCUUGGCCCUGGUUAAGGACAGCUCUGCCCGAGAUGUGCCCAGGCUCCCGGGCACA